AAUGCGCAUGCGUGAGGCAGCGGGGUGGCCCACCCCUCUCCCCAGCAGAGUCUUUGGUGGUCCAGUCCGGUGCGUUCAUAUCAGGUUGGACAUCUCACGAGGAGCACGCAGGACAGCGGCGUCUCGAGGAAGGGGGAAAAAAUGACCCAACAGUCCGGAUAAAUGUCGCGGUUUAAAAUGAAGAGUUGCCUGGGCUGGCAUAUUUUUAUUCUAUUUUUCCCUUUAUCGGGUGUUUUAUGUUUCAGUGAGCUUUCCUUCAUCACAGAACCAAGUGAUGUUACUGUGCUACCAAAGGACCCCGUUGUCUUGGACUGUCAAGCUCAUGGACAGCCUCCAGUCACAAUUAAGUGGCUGAAGAAUGGGGUUAAGUUAACAGAAAAUGAACACUUAAAGCUUCUGCCCAAUGGCUCCUUGUUCAUACCAAAGAUUAAACAUACCAAGGAGGACUCGGAUGAAGGAGUCUACCAGUGCCUCUCCCAAAACAGAUAUGGAGCUAUCUUGAGCCAAAGAUCACGUCUGACUAUCGCAAGCAUUUCGGAGUUUGUGUUGCAUCCAGUGCCUACGGUGGUGGCGGAGGGUUCUGUAGCACGAUUCUCCUGUUCGGUUACCUCCAGUCCUCCGGCCACCAUCACCUGGGAGCUCAACCAAAGCACGUUGCCACUUCAAACAAACAGAAUUACGGUUUUGCCCAACGGAGUUCUUCAGAUACACAAUGUACAGAUGGAAGAUGCUGGAAGAUACCGAUGCACGGCGACUAACAUCGGCCGACGUUUACACAGUGAAGAGGCCGUCCUUACCGUCAUCAAAGUUACCGGUCCUAAGCCCCGUCAGAGACCCCGCAUCAUCGCUGGACCACAAAACGUAACGGUUUCCCUUCACCAGACUGUGGUCCUGGAGUGUGUGGCCACUGGGAAUCCCUCACCCGUCGUCUCCUGGAGCCGUGCCGAUAGCAAGCCCAUCGAUAUUUACAAUGCCAAAGUCCUGGGUAACGGAAACCUGGUUAUCACCGACGUCAGCUCCAAGCACGGUGGAGUCUACCUCUGCAGGGCCACCACACCUGGAACCCGCAACUACACUACCGCUGCAGCCAACAUCACAGUUCUGGUGCCUCCAACCAUCGUGGAGAGACCAGAGAGCCAGACCCGUCCCAGAGCUGGCACCGCUAGAUUUAUGUGCCAAGCAGAGGGUGUACCCCAACCACGCAUCAGCUGGCUAAAGAAUGGAGAAGAAGUUCACCUGAACGGGAGGAUUAAGAUGUACAACAGCAAAUUGGUGAUCACCCAAAUCAUUCCUGAAGACGAUGCAAUCUACCAGUGUAUGGCAGAGAACCAGCAGGGCUCUGUGCUCUCCUUGGCCCGUCUUAUAGUUGUUAUGUCUGAGGACAGACCCAGCACACCGAGGAAUAUCCAUGCAGAGACCAUCUCAAGCUCUGCUAUCCUUCUGGCCUGGGAAAGACCUCUCUACAAUGCAGACAAAGUCAUUGCUUAUUCCAUCCAUUACAUGAAGGCUGAAGGUCUGAACAACGAAGAAUACCAGGUUGUUAUUGGCAACGACACAACCAGUUUUAUUAUUGACGACCUAGAGCCAGCUCGAAACUACAGCUUUUAUGUGGUGGCCUACAUGCCAAUGGGAGCCAGCCGUAUGUCAGACCAAGUCAGUCAGCACACUCUGGAGGACGUGCCCCUCCGUACCCCAGAGUUGAGUCUGACAAGCCACAGCUCAACAGACAUCCACGUGAGCUGGCAGCAACUGCCCACCAAGAUCAGCCGCGGACGCGUCUCAGCGUACAAACUGUCUUAUCGCACCGCCGUAGACGACACCGUCCUGUCUGUCGAGCUGCCAGACAACAGCACCGAGUAUCUGCUGGAGGGCUUGCUGCCGGACACCAUCUACCUGCUCCGCAUGGCUGCAGCCACACGUGUGGGUUGGUGUGAACCGUCAGCGUGGUCCUCUCAUCGAACUCCUAAGAUCUCCAACCUCAGAGUACCUUCUGCUCCUGUUCUUCAUCUUGAACCUCUCAACUGCACCUCCAUAUCGGUACGCUGGCAGAUCUCUAAGGAUUCUGUGGCUGUUUCGGGGUUCCGGCUUUGCUACCACGAAGAAGGACAACCCGAGCAGCCCGCCGUCCUUCUGCAGCCUCAGGCCUACACCUACACUAUCAGCGGCCUUGAUCCAAGGAGAAAGUAUCAUGUGAAGAUGUUAGCUGUCAGUAAGGCUGGAGAUGGCUAUCAGACAGACCAAACAGUCAGCACUCCAGGAUGUGUGUCAACAAGAGACCAAAUGGCGUUAACUCCUCCCCCUCCACACCAAGUGACAGUCCUGACCAGCAAUUCCUCUGCUGUGUCCCUGCGCUGGAGUCAUCCUGCUUUCCCACCUGGAAAGGCUGUUAGCUACACUGUCCGCUGCACUCCUUUGGGAACACACGACGUCUCUGCCAUACGCUACAUACAAACAACCAAACAAAGUAUGAUGGUUCAGAAUUUGGCUCCAAGCACUCGCUAUGAGUUUGUGGUGCGUCUUCAUGUGGACCAGAUGUCAAGCCCUUGGAGUUCUGUUGUGUACCACCAGACGCGUGCAGCAGCACCUAACCACCAACCUGCAGGAGUGAGAGUAACUCUGAUCGAGGAGGACACCGCUCUGGUGUCCUGGAGGGAGCCCAGCGAGCCCAAUGAGGUUAUUACGCACUAUACCAUCCUGUACGCCUCGCAGACUGCUUGGAUGGAUGGAAAAUGGCAAAGAAUUCAGAGAGAAGGAAUUCACACAAUGGCCCUGUUGGAGAAGCUGGAGCCGGGGACCAUCUACCUGGUGAAGGUGUGCGCGUCCAACGGCGUCGGUGACGGACCUUUCUCUGACACUGUGGAGCUGCCACCCAAACGAGGACACGCCCACCGCAGCAAGAACCCCAGACACUCAGACAGCUUACCUGACGCAGCAGUCUUUUCUGACGGUCUCUACCACAUUGACCAAAAGUCUGUGACGGGGAUCAUGGUGGGCGUGAGCAUCGCCUUAACCUGCAUAGCUCUGUGUGCCCUGAUCCUGAUCAGCAAGGGCAGACCAAGAAAAUCGUCCAAUCCCAAAGUGAUCGCCUUAGGACUUUCUGACGGUGCCCACGUUAGUUUUCCACUGCCCAGAGACUGCCACUCAGAGAACAUUGACGCCUGCAUUCCUAUGAUUAGCGAUCGCUUCCUAGAGGCUAAGGGUGGAGCUAAUAUAGUGAUAAACGGUGGAUGUCCAGUCAGCAGCAAAGUUCAAAACCAGAGGUGGCUGCACUUUAAUCGAGAGAUCACAAACCCUCCUGAGAGUGAUGUUGAGAUGAGAGCCAGCUUGUAUGAGGCGGGAAAAACCGUCCUGAGAUACGACGACCUUCCGGGCUCGGCGCCUCUGCCCCUCUCAUCCCGUGAAAUCAUCUUUGGACCGCUUCACUCCGAGAGCUCCAACAACAGCGAAGGCAGCCAAGAGACUGGCGACUCGGGAAACUACUCCAAUGAAGAAAGCAACGAGGACAACCCGUCCACCGGCCAGAACUCUAGAACAGAGCCGCUGGGGUCUGACAAAGGCAGCAGACAGCAUGAGGAGAUGCUGAGAGGCUUCCACCAUUCUGAUAAGCCCGAUAAGCCCUGCAUCUGCAGCUCCUGACAUCCUCUGGCCUUGAUCCGAUCUCCAAAAUCGCCGUGUCUACCUCAUUUUCUUCCUGAUAGGAGCCCCUGGAUGUUAUUUUAGAAGACAAGGGGUCAGGAAGUCAGCUGCUGCAAGGACAUGUGCAUUUGCCUCAGACCUACCUCAGGCUUUGUAUGAAUGUUCCUCUUUAAAACACUUCAUUUCCGUCUGUCAACAACUUUCUACCUGUUUGUGUGUUCGGCCUUGUUUGUCCUAACCAAAGCUCACCCACGAUGAAUGUUACCAAAAACAAAAGAUGUCAGAAAUGUACGCUGAUGCAUUUUUGAUAUACUUAACUGAUAUUUUACUAGAGGUGUAGUUGAUUUUUUAUUUUUUUUGAUGGGUGAUGGAUCUAAGUAACCUGCUUUUUAUAUGAAGUGCUACCUCCUUUUAUAACAAGUACUUUGCAGUAUUAUCUCAGACUCAGGGGACAAAGUGAAAAAAUACUUGGUUGCCAUGGUUUCUUACCUCCUUCAGAGUAUUGCGUUCUCCUGUGUAACUUUAUGGUUGGAAGAGCUUUUUCUUUGUUGAGACGAGGAGAAAGUGCGCUGAUUUUGUCAAACUAUUUUUUAGCUUUAUCAAACAGUCGUUUGGUAUUUUCAGUGCGCGAAACCCAAAGCUUUAACACGGCCUUAAAAUAGAGAGGGCUUUGCAUAGUGAAUAGAUCCAAAGACAAGAACGAAAACGACCCAAAGAGUCUCUGAACAAACCAUAGAUAAGAAAAGUCAGCCAAAAAUAUAGCAAUAUAGCACUGUGAGGAUGAAUUUGCCAAAAAAAAUAUAUAUAUUGUUCUCGCCAUAAAUGUAAAUUUCUCUUAGAUUGAUGCUGGUUUUCUCAGUGUACUUAUUAGCUUUUGAUCCUGGUGAAAGCUUUAGCACAAGCCCUGUGCUCCAUUUGCCUUCUAGACCAUUGCUAAAUGCAGAGGUGAUGCCGAUGCUAUUAUCCAAAGAGUUGACUCCUUCCUCAGGUGGGCGGGGCUUAUUUCAUUCAGCCCAUCCUUGCUACAAGCAAAAAAAAAAAAAAAA